CCAAAGUGAGUAGCUCACCUCCAGCGUGUAGGUGAAAAAACUCAAUCGCAAUUUCUUUAAUUAAAUAAAUUAAUACAUGUACAAAUAAAACCACAGUGACUAAUCGGCCAACAAAAGGCUAGAGACGUCCAUGGCGGACAAAUAAAACGCAAUGAAAUAGUGAACGCAACAACAACAGCGUCCAACAACAGCAGCAACUACAACAAAAUGCAUUUCUCAAUACCAGACACACAGGAACAAUAUGCGGAUGGGAGCGGUGGCUCGCCCACAUACACGGUAUACAACAUCUACAUCAAUGGUAACUAUCAUUGCAGCCUGCGUUACAAGCAGCUGCACGCGCUGCACGAACAGCUGCGUAGGCGUUGCACUGACGCUGCGUUACCGCCAUUCCCACCCAAGCGGCUGCUGCCACUGAGCAACAGUCAGCUGGAGACACGACGUGCUGCGUUAGAGCACUACUUGCAGAUCAUUGGUCAGGAUGGGCGAAUCACACGUCUCACAUACUUACAACAGUUUCUGCACCGCGCUCAAUUGGACACAGCGCUGGCCGAGUGCUCGGUGAGCAGCGAGGAUGAGCAGCAGCAGCUUCAAGUGGAGGUGUACAGUGGCUGGGCAGCAGGACCAGGAGGAGGAGGAUCAGGUGGUGUACAGUUGCUGGUCAACUGUCAUGUGCAGCAGAAUGUAAGCGCUCUGCUGCAGUCCGUCUGUCGCAUGCUGCAGCUCCCCGACGAACUAAUACAAUUCUUUUGUUUGUAUCUCAUGCGAAAUGUGGAGGCAUCAGAGGAUGGCUCCUCCUCGCCAGACGAUCCGUCCGCUGUGCUGCUGCUCCGCCGUUUGAUGGACUUUGAGUCGCCAUUCAUUUCGCGCAUGCAUGCGCAGCCCUGUCAAUUGCUCUUGCGCACAUGCUACUGGAACUCGCGAUGGGAUUCAAAGCUGCUGAACAACAGCGUGGCGCUCAACCUACUCUACAAUCAAACGCUGGCGGAUGUGGCACGUGAAUGGGUUAUUUGUACGCCUGAGAUGCGGCGACAGCUGUGCAGCUUGCAGCUGCAAUCGCGACCCUUGCAAUAUCUAGAGCUAGUGCGUCAGCUGCCCUCCUAUGGCUGUUUACAGUUCGGCGCCGCGCAGGUGGACUACCCAGAGCUGGAGACCACAGCGCUGGUGACCAUUGGCAAUCGGGAGCUGAGUUUGCGCACGGCACGUGGUGCCAAAAUCUAUGAGACCAAAUUUCGGGUCACUCGGAUGCGCUGCUGGCGAGUGAGUGCAAUGCAUAAUACGUACGAGUCACGAGAUCAGCCAACUCAGCUGCAGUUAUCUUUCGAGUAUCUGAUGUCGAAGCAAACGCUGCGGUGGAUAACGAUUACCAGCCAGCAGGCAAUGCUUAUGUCUGUUUCGUUGCAGGCCAUGGUCGAUGAGCUGCUGCACAGUGACAGCAAUGGGAGUGGCGGAGCCAGCGGUGGAAGCGAUGAUGAGCAGGAAGCAAGCACAUCUCGUGGCGCAUCGGAAUCGACCACAUCGACGCCCAGCUCAGUCUCCUCGUCCUGCACAACGACAUCGGGUACAUCGACAACGAUGACACCGCCGGUUAAGUUUCUAGCGCAACGCUCAAAGCAGCAGCACAAGCUGACAACGGCUCGCACCUUCGCCGCUGUUUUCUUUCGCAAUGACGAAACGGCUGCGUCCGUGCGCAACGAAGCAUUUGAAGGCAUUGGCGACGAUGAUCUGUAAUCCUUGCGAAUGUUAACUUCCUGGUAGCACUGGAAAACAAUCGAUCAGCAAAAGCAGCUUACUCUCCAUAUGACAAUGUGGUCACCUUAAUUUCCAAUUCCAUUGGCUAUCCUUGAUAUACCGCACUACUAAUACUACUACUACGACAACUACGAUAAUGGAAGUGCUUUGCGCUUUUCGAACGUUUUCCAGCACAGCUGCAACAAUAUGUGUGUAUGUUAUAAGUGUAAAAAAUUGUUGUUUACUUCAUUUGUAAACAGCGCGUCGCCAAAAUAGUUUGUUUUUAAAGAAAUUGAAACUAUUAGCACAAAUCUAACUGUUAUUCGUAAUACAUAUAAAUAUGUUAUGCAGCACAAAGGCAUACAACGAUAUGAUAUGACGAAUUGAACGGUACUUUACCUACAUAUAUACCUUUCCUUGCCCCCUACCGUACCCUUGGUGCUGCCAAAUGUAAUGACAAAAAUUGAAACUCAAAUGUGCAUUUUAUUAUGUUAAAGACAAAAGUAGUUUUUAUUAUCGAAAUACAUAUGAGAUGGUCAGAUUGUCGAAAUGAUAAUUGAUUAAAGAACAUUGUGUUGUGUUUAACAAUGCUCAUUAAGAACUAUAUAC